AUGUUCGGAGCUCCGAGACGGCGCAUCCGCCUAGGCCAACCUCUACCCGUGGUGGUCUCCAGAUCCUAUUCCGUGCGCAUACCUCCCGGAUUUCCGUCGGACCCGUCCAUCAAGACGGUGGCCGACCUCAAGGCGUGGCAGCCGGGCGUCAAUGUGGCCGACGUGGAGGUGCACGGUUGGGUGCGGUCGGUUCGGAAGAGCGCGGGUGUCCGCUUCGUCGACAUCACCGACGGUUCUUCCAUGAGACCGGUGCAAGCGGUUGUCGGCAAAGAGUUGUCCUCCGAGAUGAGACCUGGCGCCGCGGUUCGUCUAAAAGGAACCUGGUUCAACGCGAGGCGCCCGCCGGAUGCGCAGACGACCGUCUCACGAGGCCAAAGCUCCCGCGCACCGGCCUGGACAGCCGGGACGGUCGAUCAGCAAGGCCGGACGGCUGCCGUGGACGGAUCGAGCGCAGCCAAAGCCGGAGAGGCGACGACGACGACGACGACAACGACGACGACGGCAACGACGGCGGCAAGCGAGCUGCAGGUCAGCGAGGUGGAGAUUCUGGGCACGUCCGACCCCCAGACGUACCCGAUUCAAAACAAGUACCAAACGCCCGAGAGCCUUCGGUGGAUGCCCCAUCUUCGCCCACGAACGCCUCUCAACUCGACGCUCCUGCGCCUCCGCUCAGACGCAACCGCUCUUCUCACCCGCUUCUUCUUCGAGGAGAAGUUUCAACAAACACACCCGCCCCUUAUCACGUCAUCGGACUGCGAAGGCGCCGGCGAGGCCUUCACCGUCAAGGCGGGCGGUGCCGACGACUUCUUCCGCGACGCAAAGUACCUGACCGUCUCGACCCAGCUUCACCUCGAGGCCUUGGCGCAGGCCCUGGGCAACGUCUGGACCCUCUCGCCCACGUUCCGCGCCGAGCGGAGCGACACGUCGCGACACCUGAGCGAGUUCUACAUGCUCGAGGCGGAGAUGAGUUUCGUGCGCGACAUGGACGAGGUGAUGGAUCUCGUGCAGAGCAUGCUGAACUUUGUCGUGCGAGGGCUCAAGGGACUGCGGGCGGCCAACGAGCUGGAGCGGAACAGGGUGGACUCUCGCGAGCCGUCGGAACGGCUGGCCUUUGCCGACCUCGCCGACGGGAAGGAGCUCGAGCGGCGAUGGAGAGGCCUGGGGACGGCGAGCCGAUGGCCCCGAAUCAGCUACGGCGAGGCCGUGGAAAGGCUGCGGCGCGCUGGUCACCGGUUCGACCACGAACCGGCAUGGGGGAGCGGCCUGCAGUCGGAGCACGAACGGUUCUUGGCCGACGAGGUCGGCUACGACAAGGAACGGAAGGCCUACUUGCCAGUCUUCAUCACACAGUACCCUCGGGCGAUCAAAGCCUUUUACAUGCGCCAAUCGGCCUCGUCGCCGGGCGAAGGAGAGACGGUGGACUGCUUUGACCUCAUCGUCCCGAGCGUCGGCGAGCUCGCGGGCGGAUCGAUGCGCGAGCACCGGCUGGCGAAGCUCGAAGACAACAUGAGGCUGCACGGCCUCCCGGUGGGCGGCGGCGGCGGGGGCGGAAAGGCGGCAGGCAAGGACGGCAUGAGGUGGUACCUCGACCUGCGGCGUUGGGGGUGCCCGCCCCACGGCGGCUUCGGGCUCGGCUUCGACCGCUUGCUGAGCUACCUGACGGGGGUGCCCAACGUUCGCGACGUCGUUCCGUUUCCUCGGCACCACGAGCGGUGCGACUGCUAG